AUGCCCGCACCGUUUCGGGAAGAGGAAGUGCAAGUGGGAGGAGAGGGAGGAGAAGGGGGCCAGGGCCAGGGAGAAGGGAGGUGGGACAAGGUGCAGGACUUUGACUCGCCCACCGGCGCCAGCAGCAAUUGGCGCACAUUGACGAGCGACGAGCAGGCGACGGUCAAGGACGGUAUCAGGACGAGCGUCGAGUCCGGAAAUGUCAAGCCCGCCCUCGCCUCUAUCCCCUCAUAG